UUGACUUUGAACUUGACCUUUUCCAUGACAACAUGGCGCGUCCGUCAUCCCCAUUCGGCGACUAUCUGAAACCCUCCACUUGGUGAUGUCUGUAAAAAUCGUGCUGAGAGCUACCUUCCGGAAAGCCGUAACGACUCAUGAGCUGUGAAGUCGGCGAGGCCUGCGACGAUCGCCGAGGAUGAACCCAAGUUCAAAAAGCUCCAUCCCCACCACCAGACCUUCCGGGCACUUCCAUCGCGACGCGCAUUGAACACGACGACACCGAUCACCUCCGCAGAUCAUCACACACGACAGGCAAAAAUGUGCAAGCAGGCGGUCUGUGGCUCAUGCCAAAAAACCACGUGGUGGGGCUGCGGUUCUCACGUCCCCAUGGUCAUGGAUACAGUACCAGAAGCCGAGCGGUGCUCGUGUGAGCCCAAAGUCGAGAAAGAAGGCAAAAGCUAUCCUCCAAUGGGACCGGCGUUCGGGAUGGUGAAGGCUGCUUUUGGGUUUGGCGGAGCGCCACAGGGCAAGGAGGAGUUGUGAUUUAGGGCUUCUACGUGGGUCGUCAGCGAGAUGAGGUCGGCAGAUGGCCAUCACGGUGCUGGCCAGAGAGACACGUGACGAGUUUCCUUGAUAAGGUGGUAUGUUCACGCGUCGACUGCUUACGUACCCUUACUACUCUACGCUUCGUACCUGGUUACUGGGGCGCAAAAGAGAUUCUAGUCCCAAAACCUGCUUCACUGCCUCAAGAACCAUGCUCCUUCAGGACUUAAGACAGGAUCCACUACCCGCCCAAUUCCUCAUGGACGCGGCCGCGUGAGAUACUCUCGAACGAUCGCAGUCUUCACCGAAUAUGAGCCCAGUAAGCUCUACGAGAGUAAAGUCAGCCCUAAAAGCGACCACGAUCGUCUAUGGUCUGCGUCUAAAAGUGAGCAUUGCCAGGAACAGAAGGCUGUAC